AUGGCAUCUAAAAGACUUUACCCUCGAUCCACAAUCAAAAAGAUCGUCAAAGCCCAUUCGAAUCGCAGUCUCAGCAAGAACGCUGACGUCCUGAUAUUUCUAGACUACACCCUCUUCGUACAAGAUUUGAUUCAAGAAGCAUCGAUGCAUAUCAAGAACGGAAAUCGGAGGAGAAUCACUGCAGACAGUAUCCGGGAAGUAAGCGAGAAGAGUCUUAUGAAAUUCAAAUGCUAG